GUGCGCCCGAAGGCAUGACCACGGACAGGGUCGAGAUCAUCAAGAGAAAAACAACUCUCUAUACAGCAGAUGCACAAGGCGUCUACCGCCAUCCUUUCGGACGGAGCGAGAGGACCGGAAAAUUCACUCUUGGAUGUCGAGGAUAUGCAAUCAUCAACCAGGGUGGAUUCGAUGGCUCUUUUGGGAACCAAAGCAAGAGACAAAUACUAUAGAAAUGAUUCUCCUGUUGAAGUUGUUAGCACGACGGCCACGAGGUACAGGGUCAAAACGUAGGGGGGCACAUACUGAAGUAUUGUCGACGUAAAGAAAAAAGAAGAAAAAAAUUCCAAAAGCUCGCCAG